GAUGUUUUUCUUCCCUUCCCUGACUGCAAACGUUGAAAAUCCCAAAUGCUACGAACCCUAGCUGCCAGCAAAUCAGCAUUUCGAGAUUGCCAAUUCUAGGGUUGGAAAUCGCAGAGUGAACUUGCCUGCACGCGAACGCUGACACAUUGUUGUGGUCGGCAAAACAAUCGUGCCAUUUCUCAAUGAAAUUAAGCUUCAGAAAUGGUUGAUACAUGAGGAUUAAGACGGCAAGCUGAGAGCUUUGAUUGGCACUGUGUUUGGUUUGAAUUUGAAGCGAAGGGAUGCAAAUCUCGUGGAUUUUGAUUACGUAUGUUUCGGCAUUUGGGAUGGCUUGUGGGUCUAAACUAUAAAUCUCCAUCGUCAAAGAGGUUGCCAGAUGCCAAGCCUCCCCCGGCUGAAGUUAAGCCGGUGGCUAUGUUGGAUUCUGUUCAAGAGAUUGCUAUUUACAUUCACAGAUUUCACAAUCUUGACCUUUUCCAGCAGGGAUGGUACCAAAUUAAAAUUACCAUGAGAUGGGAGGACAGUGAAUAUACUUCUGUGGGGACUCCAGCAAGAGUUGUUCAAUAUGAAGCUCCUGAUCUGGGUUCUGAUGAUGUAUAUGGAGUAUGGAGGAUUGAUGAUUCAGAUAACAGCUUCUCAACACAGCCUUUUCGUAUCAAAUAUGCAAGGCAGGAUAUCUUUUUAUCAAUCAUGAUAUCUUUCAAUCUAUCACUAGCGAGAUAUGAGGGUCUCUCCUCGUCUGCUGUUAUUUUGAAGUUCGAGCUUCUGCAUGCCCCCAUAUUAGGAAAUAGGUCUGACUUGCAGGCUUCUUUGGAUGCUAGCCCUGCAGCUGUCCAUGAAUUCCGAAUUCCUCCUAAAGCUCUUCUGGGAUUGCAUUCUUAUUGCCCUAUCCAUUUUGAUGUAUUCCAUGCAGUGCUUGUUGAUGUUACAGUACACAUCAGUCUACUGAAAGCUGUCUCUUACAUGCCCCCAUCGAAGGUACCCAGUGAUUCGUCCAUUGCUGAAGAUGUUGGCAGAGAAGGUCUUUCUGGGUCAAAUCAAGCAUCAGCACAAGUGGCUGCUGCAGGUGUGAAUGAUAUCAUGCUUAUUAAAUCAUUGUUAGCUGCUCGUGACAUACUACUUGAAGAGCUCCAGAAACUUAGCAAGGCUAUUGACCAAGCAAUUGAUUUGACUGAUUUUAUAUCUAAAAUGGAUGACACAAAGUUUGAUUCUUUCCUGCAAGAAAAUUUGGUUGCAGCAGAUGCCAAAGUUUCAGGACAAGGCAAGCCACAAAAUGGUCUUGAGAAAGUAAAUGGCACGUCAGAAUUUGGAAGUGGUGAAUUGCUACGCCCCUUAUCAAGGGACGCCUUACUGAAUUCUUUUCAUUCUUUGGGCGAUCAAGUUUUAUAUUUAUGGAACACUUUUUUAAACUUCCACAGGUUUAACAAAACAAAGGUACUGGAAUACUUGCGUGACACAUGGGCUAAAGAUAGAAAAGCUGAAUGGUCAAUAUGGAUGGUUUACUCUAAGGUUGAGAUGCCUCAUCAUUUUAUCAAUGGUGGGGGUGAUGAGUCUUCCCACAGUGCUGGCCAUAGGAGAGUUUCAACUAUGUGGAAAUUAACUGAUGAUCCUGCCCAGACUGCUGCUACCCGUGCUGAGCUUCAUCGACGAAGUAUUGCACAAAUGAAGAUUAACAAUCGGUCAAUUCAAGACAUGCAUAUAUUUGGAGAUCCAUCAAGCAUUCCUAUUGUCAUUGUGGAGCGUGUCUUGAAUGCGCCUAGGCGUACUACUAGUGAAAAUUCUUACUUGAGAAAUUUGGACGUCAUAAACUCUCCUGGCUUACUCAGUGGAUCUGGCUCUGAAUCCUUAAACAAGAGAUCCAGCUAUAGCUCACCAAAGAAGGGCCGGGUUUUAAAGAUUGUUGUCUUUGUGCAUGGUUUUCAGGGGCAUCACCUGGAUUUACGGCUUAUUCGGAAUCAAUGGCUUUUGAUAGAUCCCAAGGUAGAGUUUCUAAUGUCAGAGGCAAAUGAAGACAAAACAUCUGGUGACUUCAGAGAAAUGGGACAAAGGUUGGCCCAGGAAGUAGUUUCUUUCCUUAAGAAGAAAAUGGAUAAAGUUUCAAGGUCUGGAAGCAUAGCUGAUAUUAAGCUUAGCUUUGUGGGACAUUCUAUUGGGAAUGUGAUCAUAAGAACGGCGCUAACAGAUAGCAUUAUGGAGCCAUUCCUAAGAUACCUGCACAUAUAUCUUUCUAUAUCCGGCCCACACUUGGGGUAUCUAUACAGUUCAAACUCUUUGUUCAACUCCGGGCUGUGGCUUUUGAAGAAGCUUAAGAACACGCAGUGUAUUCAUCAGCUUACUUUCACGGAUGAUCCAGACCUUCAAAAUACGUUCUUUUACCAGCUCUGUAAGAAGAAGACACUUGAGAAUUUCAAGCAUAUAAUCCUGUUAUCUUCACCACAGGAUGGUUAUGUUCCCUACCAUUCUGCUAGAAUAGAUAUGUGCCAGGCUGCUUCAUGGGACUUGUCAAAGAAGGGCAAAUUUUUUCUGGAAAUGCUGAAUGAUUGCUUGGACCAGAUACGGGCCCCUCACUCUGAGAAUCGAGUGUUCAUACGCUGUGACAUCAACUUUGAUACCUCUUCGUAUGGAAAGAACCUGAACACCUUCAUUGGAAGGGCUGCUCAUAUUGAGUUUUUGGAGUCCGACACUUUUGCAAGAUUCAUCAUGUGGUCUUUCCCAGACCUGUUUCGGUAAUGGCUGUUUAUGGCAAUGCAGCUUCGUCUCUACCCUGUCGUUAUCUGAUUAUCUCCUUCCCUCCAAUCGAAGACAACUGAGGACGGUGUUUGAAGGUAGAGUGUUGAAUAUGUGGCACCACGUCUAAUGCUUGAAGAAAUCGGCUUUUGUAAAUUAUCAGCUUAGAACUCAUUUUACGGGUAGAAGUUGUGCCUUUGUUUAGCUGAAUGUGAAGUUUCUAGGGUAUUCCACGAGCCUUGUGGACCUUACAUAAUAUUUAGUAUACAAGCAAGGUUCCUUGUGGACCAUACAUUUUCCAUUUUCUAGGCUAGUUAGAUUAUGUGAUUAUGCAUUUGAUCAAGUUCCUGUCACAAGGAUCUUGCAUUUUAAGUAGACAGUUGAGAUGGGAAAAAUGAAACUUGCAUAGUUUAGGCGUGUAGUAAUAAGAAUUUGGUUACAGUU